AAAAGGUUUGAAAAAGUCCAAAACAAAAAUGUCAACAACAAAAGAAAGAAAAGAGAGAGUUUUGGGAGAUUCAAUAAAAGUCCUUUGAGAAAAGACCAAAGGCGUCUCUCUCAGAUUCAACUUCCCACACGUAAAAGUAAAACUAAUUCUGCUCUCUGCUCUCUGCUCUCUCCAGCUCUGGAGAGGAGAGACAAGAGUGACGGGGAAGAUCAAUUACCCAAAACACAUGACAUCUACAUUCGAUGCUUCUUCUGCUUUGGCUAAGCAGCUCAAGUCUGUUUUGGGGAUGUCCCUCGACACUCCCGUCUCUGACGACGUUGUUCUUGUGAUUGCAACCACGUCUUUGGCGCUGGCUGUUGGGUUUGCUGCAUUGUUAUGGAAGAAAACGACGUCGGAUCAGGGGAGGGAAGUGAAGCCUUUGAUGGUCCCCAAGUCUCUUAUUAUGGCUAAGGACGAUGACGUGGAUUUGGGAUCCGGGAAGAGUAGAGUCUCUAUCUUCUUUGGUACGCAGACUGGAAACGCUGAGGGGUUUGCUAAGGCAUUAGCAGAAGAAAUCAAAGUGAAAUAUGAAAAAGCUGCAGUCAAAGUUAUUGACUUGGAUGACUAUGCUGCCGAUGACGACCAAUAUGAAGACAAGUUGAAGAAGGAGACUUUGUCAUUCUUUUGUGUUGCUACUUAUGGAGAUGGAGAGCCUACUGACAAUGCUGCCAGAUUUUACAAAUGGUUUACAGAGGAAAAUGAAGGGGAUACGAGGCUUCAACAAUUAACAUAUGGUGUGUUUGCUCUUGGUAAUCGCCAAUAUGAACACUUUAAUAAGAUCGGGAUAGUUCUUGAUGAAGAGCUCUCUAAGAAAGGUGCAAAGCGUCUUAUUGAGGUUGGUCUAGGAGAUGAUGAUCAGAGCAUUGAGGAUGAUUUUAAUGCCUGGAAAGAAUCGUUAUGGCCUGAGCUGGACAAGCUCCUCAGAGGCGAGGAGGAUACAAGUGUGGUAACUCCAUAUAAAGCUGCUAUUCCUGAAUACGGGCUGGUGAUUCAUGAUCCUAGUUUUAUAUCUGAGAAAUCAAUGGACUCGAAUCUUGCCAACGGAAAUGCUGCGAUUGACAUUCAUCAUCCCUGCAGAGCUGAUGUUGCUGUGCAGAGGGAGCUUCACACACCAGAAUCUGAUCGGUCUUGUAUUCAUCUCGAAUUUGACAUAUCUGGCACUGGUAUUACAUAUGAAACAGGAGACCAUGUAGGAGUCUAUGCUGAGAAUCAUGCUGAAAUAGUUGAAGAAGCUGCAAAAUUGCUUGGCCACUCUCUUGAUUUAGUGUUUUCCAUACAUGCUGAUAAGGAAGAUGGUUCACCAUUGGGAAGCUCGUUGCCGCCUCCCUUCCCUGGUCCAUGUACACUUGGUACUGCUUUGGCAAAAUACGCAGACCUUUUGACCCCUCCUCGAAAGUCUGCGUUAGUUGCGUUGGCAACCUAUGCCACUGAACCAAAUGAAGCCAAGAAGCUUAAGCAUCUGACAUCACCUGAUGGAAAGAAAGAAUACUCACAAUGGAUUGCAGCAAGCCAGAGAAGUCUUUUAGAGGUGAUGUCUGCAUUUCCAUCUGCAAAACCUCCACUAGGUGUGUUCUUUGCUGCAAUAGCUCCUCGUCUACAACCUCGUUACUACUCCAUCUCAUCCUCGCCGAGGUUGGCGCCAAAUAGAGUUCAUGUUACAUGCGCACUAGUCUAUGGUCCCACUCCUACUGGUAGAAUCCACAAGGGGUUGUGUUCUACGUGGAUGAAGAAUGCAGUUCCUGCGGAGAAAAGUCGUGAAUGUAGUGGAGCACCAAUCUUUAUUCGAGCAUCUAAUUUCAAGUUACCGUCCAACCCCUCAACUCCCAUCGUUAUGGUGGGACCUGGGACUGGCCUGGCUCCUUUUAGAGGGUUUCUGCAAGAGAGGAUGGCACUGAAAGAAGAUGGAGUAGAGCUAGGUCCAUCUUUGCUCUUCUUUGGGUGUAGAAAUAGGCGAAUGGACUUUAUUUACGAGGAUGAACUCAAUAACUUUGUUGAUCAAGGCGUAAUCUCUGAGCUCAUCGUGGCAUUCUCUCGUGAGGGAGCACAGAAGGAGUAUGUUCAACAUAAGAUAAUAGAGACGGCAGCACAGUUUCGGAAUCUAAUAGAGGAAGAAGGAUAUCUCUACGUAUGUGGUGAUGCUAAGGGCAUGGCGAGAGAUGUCCACAGGACUCUACAUACCAUUGUUCAGGAGCAGGAAGGUGUGAGUUCGUCAGAGGCAGAGGCUAUAGUUAAGAAACUGCAAACUGAAGGAAGAUACCUCAGAGAUGUCUGGUGAUGGAUGAUGUUAUAGUUUGGGAUUCUCCCCUUCUUUUUUUAGCUUUCUUGGUAGGAAGGCUGUUUUUACCAUUUAGGUAGUUAUUUGUUUAUUUUCUUCUCUCUCUCUCUCUCAUAAACAAUACUUGGAAAAAAGAAUCACAAUAAACUAUAUUAUAAAGGCAAAUGCGAAAUUUCAUAGUCAUAGUUGAAAGUUGGAACUGAAAUUUUCAAAAACCAGUUCAUUCAUGAGACAUUGAUUGAUCAGCUUA